AUUCGUGCGUUUGGUAACCUUGGAGUCCCCUGAAGAAGCUGGGUCCGGUCAGCAGCAGCCUCGCUCACUGCCUGGAGCCCUUGCUUUUGCUGCCAGGAUUCCCAGGUCCCCGCCUCCUGCUCAGUCUCUCAGCUUGUGGCCUGGCUGAGGCUCCUAGGGGUAGGACCGAGCAAAGGUCCAGGCCCGCCCUGAUCCUUUCCCUGUGUGUCCCGGGAGCGUGCGCGUGCCGGAACCACACACGCAGGACCAGGCGGCGGCGGCGGCGGCGCGCGGGUAAUCUCAACCCAACACAAUGUUUGCCAAAGCAACUCGGAAUUUUCUUAAAGAAGUUGACGCUGGAGGAGACCUGAUUUCAGUCUCUCACUUGAAUGACUCUGACAAGCUGCAGCUUCUAAGUCUGGUGACCAAGAAGAAGAGAUACUGGUGCUGGCAGAGACCCAAGUACCAGUUUUUAUCUGUCACCCUGGGAGAUGUUCUCACAGAAGGGCACGGUCUCAGUCCAGUGGUUGUGGAGUCAGACUUCGUGAAAUACGAGAGCAAGUCUGAGAACCAUAAGAGCGGGACCAUCGGGACGGUCGUGGGGAAGGUCAAGCUGAACGUUGGAGGCAAAGGCCUGGUGGAAAGUUGCUCUUCAUUUGGCACCCUGAGGAAGCAGGAGGUAGAUGUGCAGCAGCUCAUCCAGGAUGCACUUGGAAGAAAAGUCGAUCUGGACAACCCAGUGCUCCAGCAGGUGCUAGAGAGGAGGAAUGAGGUCCUGUGUGUGCUGACGCAGAAGAUCGUGACCACGCAGAAGUGUGUGAUUUCUGAGCAUGUGCAGACGGAGGAGAAGUGUGGAGGCAUGGUGGGAAUCCAGACCAAGAUUGUGCAGGUGUCAGCAAUGGAGGAUGGGAGCAUCAUCAAAGACACCAACGUCGUGCUGGAGAUCCCCGCUGCCACCACCAUUGCCUGUGGCAUCAUGGAGAUGUACGUGAAACAGGACGGCCAGUUUGAAUUCUGCCUCCUCCAAGGGAAGAGCGGUGGCUUUGAGCACGAGAGGAAAGUAGACUCUGUGUACCUGGACCCCCUGGCCUACCGAGAGUUUGCAUUCCUGGACAUGCUGGAUGCGGGUCAGGAGAUCUCUUCGCCAGAUGGGUCACUACAUGUUUUAAAACAAGCAACUCUGCACCUGGAAAGGAGCUUCCGUCCCUUUGCGGUGUUGCCUGGGCAGCAGCAGAUGGCGCUGUUCUGUCUCCUGCAGACUGUCCUGUUUGAUGAGGAACUCCUCAUGGCCCUGGAGCAAGUGUGUGAUGAUAUGGCUGACGGCCUCUGGUCCUCACAGGCGAAAUUGGCGAUGGAGGAACUGACAGGCAGGCAGCAGCAGGACCUCACAGGCUUCCUGCAACUGGUGGGGUGCAGGGUACAGGGGGAGCGUCCUGGCCCACAGGAUGAGGUCCGCAACCAGAAGCUCUUCGCAACAGCCUACUUCCUGGUCAGUGCGCUAGCAGAAAUGCCAGAUAACGCUACAGUUCUUCUGGGGACUUGCUGUAAACUCCACAUUAUUCCUACGCUGUGCCACUUGCUCCAUGCUCUGUCUGAUGGCAGAGGGUGUGAUUUUGAAGACCCCACCUUGGCACCCCUGAGGGACACAGAGAGGUUUGGGAUCGUCCAGCGUUUGUUUGCCUCUGCUGACAUCGCCCUGGAGAGGAUGCAGUGCUCUGCGAAGGCCACCAUGCCAAAGGACUCUUGCAUUUCCCCACUGAUUCUUCAUAUCACUCUCAGUGGGCUCUGCACCCUAAGCAAAGAACACGAAUAAUGUCUGCUAGUCAGCAGUACAUGCUACUGGGCCAGGACUAUGUACUUUUCAGAACUGAGAAAAUACUUUGGGAUUUGGGACCCAAGCAGGCUAAAAGUCUACUGGUGAACCCCAAAGCCCAGUAAGAGCAGAGACUUUUCCUGCUGUGAACGCCUGCAAGCACUGUAAAUGGUUUAUGUUCCUCA